AUGUCAGCCGCAUCAAACAGUAGCUUAGCUGCAGCAGCUUUUUCCUCAAUUUUUGGCCUAACGUCAUCGACUACUUCCGAGGCAUCAACGCUUCUAAACCCACUCAAACUUUUCCCAACUGUUAUUUCAAACGCUGGUGGAUCUGCAGCAUAUCAAUGCACAGAAAUCCUUGUGAAACAAGGUUGCAAUCGCGAAUUUCCUCUAGAAGUUCAGGCAAGAAUGACAAUUAGCCAGUUGAAAACAAAAAUUGCUCAGCAAAUUGGCAGCUGUCACGAGAUCAUUUAUGAUCAUCGUACUCUCGAGGAUAAUCGCACAUUGUUCGAUUACGAAAUUCGUACAAAUAGCAUCGUGCGAAUACGGAAAAGUCCAGGUGACAUUUCCAUUUCCGUAAAAAUGGAAAAUGGCAAAACAAUUGAGAUAGAUACCAAUUUAUCAGACAAAGUUGAAGAUUUAAAAGCAAAAGUUCAAGAUCAAGAAGGAAUUCCAUCUGAUCAGCAACGUCUGGCUUUUGAAUACAAACAACUUAUGGAUGUUCAAAGCCUAUCACAUUACAAAAUUAGAGACAAGUCAACGAUACAUCUUGUACGGCCUCUUUUUGGAGAAAUGAUAAUUUUUGUCAAAACCCCAACUGGCAAAACAAUACCACUCAUGGUCGAACAAAGCUACACCAUUGAAACUGUGAGAAUAAUGAUUCAAGAUAAAGAAGGCAUACCACCUGAUCAGCAACGCCUGAUUUAUGAUGGCAAACAACUUAAAGAUGGUGAAACGUUAUCUGACUAUAAUAUUCAAAGCAAAUCGGCAUUGCAUUUAGUAUUGAGAUUGAGAGGAGGCGGCGACCCCAAUGUCAGCAUCGAACUCGGUAGUGGGAAGACGGUAGUAUUCAAUUGUAAUGAUGGUAGAACUGUUGGAGAUAUCAAAGCGAAAAUUCAACACCUAUUAGGGAUUCCGCUUGAGCAACAACGACUACACUUUCGGGGCACAGAACUUGAAGAUAGACAGGUCCUAAUGAGGCUCGAAGGUCUAUGGGGACGGUGGCCGACUUUUUACUUACCAAUAUGGAUUUUUGUGAAAACUCAAAACGGAAAAACAGUGACAUUGAAAGUAGAACAAACAAAAACUAUUAGAAGUACACAACAUAGCGGUGAGGACGAGAUUAUUCGGGUCAUUGACCGUCAUUCAAUUGAUGAAAUCAAAGCACUUAUUGAAGAAAAACUGAAUAUUCCACCAUGCCGACAGCUACUGUUUACGAAUGGCACAUUUCAAACAAAUGAUGAAAAACUCUUUUUGAAUAUGAUAAAGGACCUUGCAGUGUUCGUUGUCGAUACAGCGAGUAAUUAUGCCCUCGUCGCCCUGGAAUUUCCAAAUAAAAAGCCUAAACCUUAUUUUUUCGAUAAGCCGGUAUCUACUUCGAACUUGAGCAAGAAAAUUGAAGAAGCUACUGGUUAUUCUAUCCAAGCACAAAAUCUGCAAGUAUCUGCUGGUGACAAGAAAAAUACCAUUAUUGACAAUGGAUGUGUCAUAACAGUCAGCAUUGAUAGUCCAUAUUUGUUUUUGAAUUUACCAGCCACAUUUCCUCAAAUAGCAACAAGUCAGUUUUUGCCAUCAAAUACUGUUGAGCAGGUGAUCGGCGAUAUUGCAGUUCAAUCAAAUAUUCUUCCUUAUCGACUCAGUCUAUUUGAUCCACUCACUCACAAAAAACUUAUUAAUAAAAAAGCAACCUGUGCCUCAUAUGAGCUAGAAGCUGGCCGAAUCGUUGAUGUACAUGUUGCGGAGCCUACUCAUCAGCAAAUAUUGAUUAUUAUGUCUACUGGUAAAGCAUUUGAUCUAGAUGUGAUUCUGGAUAACUCUAUCUAUGAUUUGAAAAAAAUAAUUGAAAAUCGAGAAGCUAUUGAAACUCAAUAUCAAAUUAUUCUUAAAGAUGACCAACAGCUUGCUGAUAAUGUACAUCUGGGAGACUGUCUUACCGACUCCUGUGCUUCUUUGUUUGUGAAUAUUGUACUAAGUGGCCCGCUGGCCCUUGACCCUUCAUUAUUAGCACCUCAUCUCGACUUUGACUUCACUGACAUUGAUGAUACAGAAAAAAUGUUCACUAGAGGAAAUCAUGUAUAUGAAAGACCAUCUGGCUGCAAGCGAAUUGCGCUCAAUGUAGCAGGAAAUUAUGGAUACGACGAUAGAUGGCUUGGAAUGCCAGUAACCGACGAAGAAUGGCCUGUAUCAUACCACGGAACUGGAAAGCACAAUGCCAUGAGCAUCACAGAAGAAGGCUAUAAGAUUAGCAAAAGUCAAAAUUUCAAAUUCGGUAAAGGUAUUUAUUCCACGCCUGAAGUCGAAGUGGCAAAAUUAUAUGCAAAAGAAUUCGAACAUGACGGACAAAAAUACUUUGUUAUGUUCCAAAACCGAGUCAAUCCACGAUAUUUGAAAGUGAUUUACAAAGAAGAAAAUGAUAUUGGAACUUACUGGAUAAGCAGCAAAGGCCCAAAUGACACUGACAAUGAUAUAUGCGAUCUUAUUCGACCUUAUGCUUUGUGCAUUUUCAAAGCGUGA